UGUCGAUUUCUCUCAUUAUAAGUCUGAACUGAGGUACUACAGUUAGCUGUCUUGUGAUAGAUGAUCACUCAAUUUACAACUAAUUUGAAUACUUUUCGUCAGUUGAUUAGUGUGACCUUAUAAAGACUGGUGGCGAUUUUUCCAAUUUCUGGAACUUGUCAUGAGAGAAGCCAUCAAUAAUGGGGAAAUCUUCACGUGAUAAGCGUGAUAUUUACUAUAGAUUAGCUAAAGAAGAGGGUUGGAGAGCACGUAGUGCCUAUAAGCUGCUACAGAUUAAUGAUGAGUAUGGAAUUUUUUCUACUGAAAAUACUCCUUUAGAACGAGUGGUUGAUUUGUGUGCUGCACCUGGUAGCUGGUCACAAGUAUUAUCAAAACGCUUAUGGGAAUCGAAAUCCCCGGAGGACCAAAAAUCUGUGAAAAUCGUUGCCGUGGAUUUACAGGCUAUGGCUCCAAUACCAGGAGUCAUUCAAAUUCAAGGCGAUAUUACUAGUCAGGAUACGGCUCAACAGAUUAUCAAACAUUUUGACGGUAAAUUAGCUCAACUCGUUGUUUGUGAUGGUGCUCCAGAUGUGACAGGUCUACAUGAUUUAGACGAAUAUGUUCAGUCGCAUCUUAUCUUAGCUGCUGUAACUAUCUGUUCAAGAGUUCUUGAGCUAGGUGGUACAUUUGUUGCCAAGGUUUUUCGUGGGCGAGAUUCUGGUUUACUGGGUUCCCAACUUCGAUGUUUAUUUUCAGGUGAAGUUAGUUUUGCAAAACCAAGAGCUAGUCGGAACUCUAGUUUAGAGUCGUUUGUUAUAUGUCGUGGAUUUAUGGGUCCUCGUUUACGAACAGAUUUGAAACCGUCCACACCUUGUGAGAAUCACUCAAGCAACGAUAAUUUGUUAUUAUUAUGGUACGACAAGGAUAACUUUGAAGACGUAUGUUAGCAUGUUAUGCCUUCAAUAUUCAGUUUGUCAUGCGAAAUGCCUAGAAAAUGUUUCGAUCACAUGUUCUGUUCAUAGUUAUGUAUACUUUUUAUCAUAUUUUUGAAUUUGUGUAGUGGCUGUAGUCAACUAUUGGUGAUUUCUAUUUUCAUGUAUGAGAUUUUGAGCACAGAUGUAUAAAAAUAUAUGAAAAUACUUCGUUAUCGAUGACUGCCGUAGGAAUGAUGAGCUCAACAUAAUCCGUUAAAAGUCAAGUAGCAAAAUUCAUUUAAACAUUAUUCUUUCAGCCCGUAAAUCUAAACGUCUGUCUUUGUGUUGCAAUAAUUUUCCUAUUGAGUGAUUAAGUAAAUAAUUGGUCACGAGAAUAAAAUGACCUUAUUAUUUUGGUUGAUACUCUCAUUCAGAAAUUGAGUAUUCAGUUAAGCCAUAGUAAUUUUCGGACGUUUUUGUUUGUCUGUUAGGUUAAUUCUUCUCAACAAGCUCUAUUACCAUUCAUAGCGUGUGGAGAUCUAAGAGGUUUCGACCCAGAUGUCACGUAUACUUUAGCUCCUGAUCAUAUAGUCAAGCCACCAGUACAAGUUCCUGUGGAUCCUGCUUAUUCCGAAGUUUGCCGGUUCAGUCGUUUAAAUCAAUCAAAUACUUCGAAAUUUCAGUCUUUGGAGAAGAACAAUGAAAUUGAUGACAAUGAUGAUAUUUCUAGAUUUACAGAACUUAUGGAAAAGUUGUCUUUCGAUUCAAGAGAAGAUAAUUUAUGAUGUUUGCUUUUUAUAGACAAAACUAUUUUAUUUCAUAAACAAAUAAAUAUAGUAAAUUU